AUGCAUUCUUUGGAUCUGCCCGUGAGUCGCAUCGGUUGGGAAACAUCGACUGACGAGAAAAUCAUGCAAGCUCGUAAAGACGUUGACCAGGUAAUAAAUUAUUUUUCAUCUUAUAAUUGGGACUCUUAAAAAGGUUGUAUAGGGCCGCGAUAAGAAUACCUCUUUUCCAGGAGAAAACAAAUAAAAAAAUUUUUUCAAGCGGUAGAGGCUUAUUUGGUUUUGAGCUAUCCAAAAAAGUCGGAAAACAGUUUUUUUCAGCACAUUGAAAAAUUCAAAGUCUGAAAAUUAUUGUAGAAACGGGGAAGUGCAGUUUUUGUUUUCAAGAGGUAAAUAGAUAUUUUUUAUUUCGGGUGAUUGCUCAUGUUAUGGAUUUCCAUCCGUAAAAGUAGGGCUGUUCUAGUUGGAUUUUAUAUUUUUGCGAAGAAUCUGAUCAAAGUUUGAAUGACGACAUUAUAGUUAUAAUCUUUACAGGUUAUGACGCUUAUGCGUUCGAAUGUGGAGAAAUUGUCGCUGCGCGGAGAAAAGUUGGACAAUUUAAUUGCUCGAGCAGGUUCCCACUCCUUUUAUAUCGAAAAAUCUCAGUUUUCAGAGAAUCUUGACGUUUCUGCUCAACAAUUUCAGAGAUGCGCCCAUGAGGCAAGCUUUUUCGAAAGUUUUUAUUAACUUCACUUGUCCUUGGAUUCAAAAAGAUUUCUUAGUUCAAAAAUGAAAUGUUUAUCGAAGAGAUUGAUCACAAUUGGCUCUUCUUUUCCCGAGUUCAAUCAUCUUUUUGAGGUUCGCCGUCAAGUUCACUGGAAGCACCGUAUGGGACAGUUCGCUAUGAUUGCCGUCGGCGCCUUCUUUGCCGUUUCCGCGUUCAGUACGUUUUGUUCUUUUCUUUGUGAGAAUCAAUCAUGUGUUUCAGCCUACGUUGCUUUUUAA